AGUUGGGUCAGUUAUAUAGUUCUGAAUGUUUUGAUUGAGCGAGCAUUUGUUGUGCGAGUACAAGUUUUUCCGGUUGACCGUAGAUUCGUUCUCGAGCCUAGUUUACCGUAGUAUUUGUAAAUUAUUCAGUCAGGUUUUAUUUGAAUAUUAUCGGACUGUCGUGUAUUUCAUUUAUUAUAAUUUCCUGAGUAAUCAAUUAUUACAUUAAUUAGUAUUUAGUGUAUCUGAUAUUCGUGCGACACUAUCUUCAUUAUAUUACUUGUCUUAGUAUCAUUAUUUGUGAACAAUACUUUUAAUAUUAAAUGACUGUGUUGCAUAAUUAUUAUUUGGUUAUAAGAAAUAUAUCGAUUUUUCGACUAAGUAGCUGAUAAAGGGGGCCUGUCCGAUAGAGGGGUCACUUACCUUAUUCUAAAUAAAAAUGAGAGGUAUUAAUAUUGAGACCAAUACUCGGGAUAACGCCUAAGCUUGUAAUGAGUUUCCGACAACCUUGGCUUCACUUCGGCCAACAAUUACAUGUGAUCUGGGACAUUUCUUACUUUACUUCCCUAGAAUCGAAAUUAUGAAUGAAUUCAUUGGAAGUGUCAAAUUUUGCGGGCAACGUGGUGUCCAGUUGCGGCUGUAAGACGUCAGUUUCUCUCCAAAUUGGCUGUCAGGGAAAAUUAUUGAAAAAAAAUAUAUAUAUAAAUAUAUCAUAUGGGUAAAAGUAAGAAAACACGAAAAGUUGUGAUGCAAAAAUUCGCACAAAUGAAAAAAAUGAUAAGUUUGAGUGAUUCAAGAAUAAAAGAAGAUAAAAGAGCAGCGCCGAAAAAAGUAAAAAAGGAGGAUCCGACUGCGUUGAAAAUUAAAGAAGUCCCUCAAAUAUCAUCGGCGCUAUUUUUUGAAUACAACACACAACUGGGACCUCCGUAUCGCAUACUAAUAGAUACAAAUUUCAUAAAUUUUUCGGUUAAAAAUAAACUCGAUAUAAUUGAAAACAUGAUGGGAUGUCUGUACGCCAAGUGCAUUCCCUACGUGACAGAUUGCGUGGUCGGGGAGUUGGAAAAACUCGGCCGGAAGUACAGUAUCGCGUUGAGACUGAUCAAGGACCCGCGAUUCGAACGACUCCCGUGUACUCACAAGGGCACGUACGCUGAUGACUGUAUAGUCCAGAGGGUCACGCAGCACAAGUGCUACAUCGUCGCCACAAACGACAAGGACUUGAAGCGAAGGAUCAGAAAAAUUCCUGGUGUGCCCAUCAUGUACGUCGCCCAACAUCGUUACACUAUUGAACGCAUGCCGGAUGCCUAUGGGGCUCCCAGGACAUAAUUAUUAUAUAGAUAUAUAUAUUUUUUAUUUUCAUUUACUUGUAUACUUAGUUUUGUAAUUAAAAUACAAUUAUUAUUAUUAUUAUUA